AAAUAGACUUUGAUUCAUUCAUUCAUAUAAGUUAUUAACAGUUUCUCUCAAAGUCAGAAAUCACUUAAUACAAUACAACCACUGAGGUUGAGCCAAGUGGGAGCCGAUGUUUCUGGACCGUAAUGCCAAAUAUGCCCAUAAUUCUUUUGUCUCUUUUCUUUUACUUUCCCUUACCCCAUUUCAACAAAGCUUCUCCUCCUUAAAGUUAAAGUAAAUAAAGGAGUGUUGUUGUGAAGACAAAACACAAACACAAAACAACAUAAGCAAUCAAAGCACAAACAAACUGUCUAGUUGCUGCCUUGCUGCUACCAAAAGAUGAAGAUUCAAUGUGAUGUUUGUGAGAAAGCUGAGGCUUCCAUGUUUUGUCCUUCAGAUGAAGCUGCUCUUUGCCAUGGAUGUGAUUUUACUAUCCACCAUGCUAACAAACUUGCUACCAAACAUACUCGUUUCUCUCUUGUUCAUCUCAACUCCAAAGACUACCCUCUUUGUGAUAUCUGUCAAGAGAGGCGCGGAUAUCUAUUUUGCCAAGAAGAUAGAGCGAUUCUAUGCAGAGAAUGUGAAGUUCCAAUCCAUAGUGCAAAUGAACAUACACAGAAACACAACAGGUUUCUUCUAUCUGGUGUGAAGCUUUCAAGCAAUUCUUUGGACACAUAUUCAUCAUCCACCACCAGUAAUGGCUCUCGGCAUUCGAAACCAAACAUAAUACCAAGAUCAGUUUCCAAUGAAAAUGCGAGUUCUUCUAGCAAGUUUGAAGACAACAUGGCUAGUGACACUGGUUCAGUUUCAACAAGCAGCAUUUCUGAGUACUUGAUUGAAACACUACCUGGUUACUGUUUUGAAGAUUUUCUUGAUGCUUCAUUCCCACCAAAUGGUUUCUGUAAGAAUCAAUAUUCAACAUUUCAGUACCAAAAUCUUCAUGCUAACAAUAACAAGUUUAUGGAUGGAGUUAAAGAGACUCAACAAGUUUAUGGAUGUACAGUCCCAGGAACUGGUGCUACAUUCUUAAAAAAAUCUAGACACUGUUUGUAAAAAUCUGUUGGAAUUAUUCAUAUUUUGCUUUCUGCAUUUCCUUAUUAUUCAUUUUUUGUUUAUUUUCUCUUUUCUGUUUUUUUUUUUACUAUGUUUUUGAAAUUCUCAUCUACUGUUUUGGAGGAUUUUUAGGAACUUUGAACAGUAUGUUUGGUAAUAAAAAUAUUGUGUGAAAGAAGAAGUGUCAUUAAGAUUCUC